AUGAAGAACUUUGAAUCCUAUCCCCUCCUUCUGCUACUCAUGGUCAACUUGGCCAUCACGAAGCAUCCAAAUGGUUUACACACUCUGCGUAUUGAACACACCAUCCUGUCAUGUCCUGUGCUUCCGGAGCCCCAGUCAAUCUAUGUCAGCUAUGUGGAUGAUACACUAAUCAUGGGAUUCAACAGUAGAUCAGAGAAUCAGAGGGUAGAGAGCCGAGCACCAUGGAUGAAUGGAAAAACUGCAGAGUAUUGGGAUGUGAUAACAGAGAAUGUCCAGCGUGACCUGAAUUCCCUCAAAAACACAAUGAAGAAAAUGCUCCACAUCUACAAUGAUAGCAUGACUGAAUAUCACACAAUCCAGAAGAGGCAUGGCUGCCAAGUCAAGGAGAGUAUAUACUUCAGUCAUGCCUUCAUGGAAUUAAGAUUCAAUAACCAUGACUACAUAGCACUGAAUGAGGAUAUGAAGACAUUCAGAGCAGUCGGCAAGGCAGCUGAGAUACUUAAGGAACAGUGGAAUAAAGAAAAUUUUGAAAAGGCAAUGAAGUCUUACCUGAUGGACAUAUGUGUGGACAUGCUCCUUGAAUACCUGAACCUUGGGAAGACGAGUUUGCUGAGAACAGACACCCCUAAAAUCCAUGUGACCCAUAAGAUCAAGCCAGAUAGGAAAAUCACCCUGAGGUGCUGGGUCUUCAACUUCUACCCACCUGAAAUCACCUUAACCUGGCAGAGGGAUGGAAGCAACGAGACCCAGGAUAUGGAAGUGAUAGAGACCAGGCCUUCUGGGGAUGGAACUUUCCAGAAAUGGGCAGCUGUUGUGGUCUCUGCUGGGGAAGAACAUAAAUACACAUGCCAUGUAAAUCAUGAGGGGCUGUCUCAGCCCAUCACCUUGAGAUGGGGUAAGGAUCCUCCUCAACCCAUCAUCCCCUUCAUGGCUAUGGUUGUUGCUUUGGUUCUUGGAGCUGUACUUAUGGGAUCAGUGAUGACUUUUUUUAUAUGGAAGAGGAGGAGUAGAGGUAAGAAUGGGGCUGGGUCUUAA